AAAUAAAGGAUGAUUAUUGUAUUUAAAUUAAUUCGUGCAGUCAUUGAGUGUGGCUUUACGUAAGGCGUGAAAAAUAGUAGUUUUAAUCUUACAGUGAAGCCGCGUGGAGCAAGACGUAGGGUGCGGGCUGGACUAAGCGCGGACCGAAUCCUGGUGAAAAGGCAACAAGAUGGGGUCGCUUUUGAAGACCGUGAAUGACUACUACCAAUACAUCAAUGUAGACUUAGCAGACCCUCGGACGCGGAACUUCUUCCUCUGCUCCAGUCCGGUGCCGAUGAUCGCCAUCGUGUACUGCUACCACCGCUUCGUCAGGAAAUGGGGACCCGCCUUCAUGAAGAACCGGGAACCCUUCGAGCUCAAGAAGCUGAUAGUCGUGUACAACAUCGUGCAGAUCUUCCUGUCAGGAUUAUUGGCUUUUGAGUGCCUCACCCUCCUCUACGUCCCUGGAACCUACAGCGUGUGGUGUCAGAAGAUCAUCUGGGACACGACGCCGCUCGAGAAGAAGGUCGUCGGCUACGUGUGGAUGUACUACAUGAUCAAGCUGGUCGAUCUCAUUGAUACCGUAUUCUUCGUGCUGCGCAAGAAGUUUACCCACAUCUCGUUCCUGCACGUGUACCACCACAUGGGCAUGUGCCUGCUGGGCUACGUCGGCACCAAAUAUGUUCCAGGCGGUCACGGCGUGAUGCUGGGCUUCAUCAACUCGUUCGUGCACGCCGUCAUGUACUCGUACUACCUGGUGGCGGCCGCGCGCCCCGCCUGGGUGCGCCAGUGGUGGAAGAAGUACAUCACGCAGCUGCAGAUUCUCCAAUUCCUGCUGCUCAUCCUACACUUCGGCCACGUGCUAUUCGAGCCGUCCUGCGAAUACCCCAAGUGGGUCUCCUUCCUGUUCCUGCCACACAACAUCUUCAUCCUGUAUCUCUUCGUCGACUUCUACAUCAAGGAAUACAUUUAUAAAAAGGACAAGAAAACGUAAUUCUAAGCUUAGCUGUUAAGUGUAAUGUGAAUUUUAUAGAUAGGCGUAGUUUUUAAGAAAAGGCCUAGUUGUCGUGUUUGCGUAUUCACGGUGAUUAUUGAGGAUGUAUCCUGCUGAACUUUAGGUAUUCCAAUAAUGGCUGAAAAAACUUGGAUAUAUUUUCUGUUCAACUGUGAUUGUUGCUCUGAUAAGCGAAUAUCUUUGAACACAUAUCUGGCCAAAAGUAUUCUGAGUGCAGAAUGAAAUAGACAGUUCCUCCCGUUAGAUCACGAGCUAAAUGUGAAGUUAGUUCAAUGGUCUGCUUACCUUCUAAACACGUCAUGAGUAAGUUCAUGUAUGUACAACAUAAGUACUUUACAUAAGUUGUAUAGUAAUAUUUUUUGUUAAAUCUAUUAUUUAUAAAUAAAUAUGUACGCUGAGUC